GCCACGUCUCUCCCAAACAAGCCUCUGCUCCUCCUCUUCCACCAAAGUCCCACUGCACGCCGGGAGGGACGCCGGAGAUGCUGCUGCACAGGCACAAGUUCCCGCUCCUCUGCUGCGCCUGCGGGACCGGCGUCGUCGCCACCCGAGGCGCCGCCGUCGAUGACCAGCAGCAGCAGCCCGGCGGCAAGGUCGGCGCCAGGCAGCUGUCGUGGGCGCAGGUGGAGGCCAUGACGGCGGGCUUCACGUCGGCCGUCGUCGGCGAGGGCGGCUUCAGCACUGUCUACCUCGCGCGCCUCGCCGGCUCCGGCUCCUCCCAGCUCGCCGCCGUCAAGGUGCACCGCAGCAGCGAGCGCCUCCGCCGUGCCUUCCGGCAGGAGCUGGACGCGCUGCUCCGCGUCCGCCACCCGCACAUCGUCCGCCUCCUCGCCUUCUGCGACCAGCGCGACGAGGGCGUGCUCGUCCUCGAGUUCGCGCCCAACGGCAGCCUGCACGACCACCUCCACGGCCUCGACGGCGAUGGAAACCAGGCCGCUCCCGCACCAACGAUGCCGUGGGCGCGGCGCGCGGCCGUGGCGCUGCAGGUGGCCCGCGCGCUCGAAUACCUCCACGACCGGUGCGAGCCGCAGGUGGUGCACGGCGACGUCAAGGCCUCCAACGUGCUGCUGGACGCGGCCAUGGGCGCCCGCCUCUGCGACUUCGGCUCCGCGCGCGCCGGGUUCUCGGCCUCCGCGGCCGUCCGGACGCCGCGCGCCGUGCAGGGCUCGCCCGGCUACGUGGACCCGCACUACCUCCGCUCCGGCGUGCUCACCAAGAAGAGCGACGUGUACAGCCUCGGCGUGCUGCUGCUCGAGCUGCUCACCGGCACGCAGCCCUUCAGCGACGGCCGUCUCCUUACGUCCACCGUGGCGCCCAUGAUCAAAGCCGGCUCGUGCUCGUGCGACCAAGUGCAUAAGCUCGUCGACCAGAGGCUUGGGUGCCGGUACGACGCGGCCGAGGCGGCGACCGUGGCGACGCUGGCGGCGGCGUGCGUCGGGGACAACCCGGCACUCCGGCCGUCCAUGGCCGAGGUGGUCCGGACCCUGGAGCAGAUCUCAGCCGCCGGGAGAAGAUCGGACGGCAUAACCAAGCCGUGAGUCGCGCCUCCGGGGCAGUGAUCCGACGUGGCGAGCAUCGUGAGCGUAGGAUGGCAUAGAUGCUGUGUCGUGGAUCGAAUCCUCCCACCCGCAAAGCGAAGCAAUUGGGUUUGGUGAGGACAAGAAAUCAAAUAAGAAUGGUUGGUUUGGACA